CUUAAACUGGGGCUCUUUACCAGGAUUCCUGUGGGUGUGGAGAGAAACAUCACAUGAAGUAAUCAAAUAUGUGAGAGAUAAAGACUUGCUCUGUAGUUUCUAUAGCCCUGGCUAUCCUAAAAUUGUAUUCUCUGCGUCGCACCUGGCGCUCUCGGACACCAACCACCUGGCGCUUUUUAACACAGGCCAACCAGGCUUCCAUCUUUCAGUCACCUUGGCACUGUCUUUUCCAAUACGGGCCUGUUAUACCGUUCAACAACCUCGACCAAGCAUAUCGACACGUGGCGAAAUGGAGGUGACGUUCAAAGAUGAGCCUCAUAAGCCUACUGACGGCAGCAGUCGUGCGUUGGACAUUUCGGCCGACCUCAACAUCAAGCUCGCAAGUGUCAUCGCAGAGCUAAGAGAGCUCGAGGGCACCCCCCAACGCCAAGGGAUCCGAGAUUAUAUUACUCGCCGCCUCCACGCCCGAGAUUCUGAUGCACAUUUGGCCAAGCUAGCGACGAUUCUGAACGAGUGCCGGAUGCUCAACGGCCAGCUAGCCGAUCAGCUGGCCGAUCAGCUGGCCCGGAGCACCACCGAAACCAGUGGCGCGCAGCUGGACAAGAUCACAGCCAAGCUGGACGACGUCAUGCAGACGCUCCGCAGUCGUGAAUCCAAUCCCACCACGCUCCAAGCCACCGAAGACCCUCUGCACGCCGAGGAGGCGCCGGGCACUUUGAAGAUACUACACUGGCUCUCCGUUCAGGGGCUGUGCAUCCUCGCCGACGAGUUCAAUUUUGAGGAGCUCAGCGAGCUGGUCAGCCGCCUGCGCAUGUGGGGGCUCGGCAUCCUCGACGGGCCGCUGUCGUUGGACCACAUCUUGGCCCCGAUGGCCCCGAUGCCCGACCAAGGCAACGACGAGAAUGCCGACGCGGCGUUGCGCGCCGCUGGCUUCUCGCUGCUGGCCGCCUCCUUUCUUCGCAUACUCUUCAGCAUAAAAUAUCUGCUCGUCUGCACAGGAUCAAACGCGAACUGCGUGGUAUGCUACUUGGACCAGCUGGUAGACGCGCUCGACGCGGCAUGCCUCCGAAACGAGAUCGGCGGGCUCGACGGUUUUGCAGCGCAGCUGGUGGAGCCCAGGAUCGGCAACACAGAGAACAGCUUCAAGCUCUGUUCGUCGGAGCUCUGGUCUGGGGUGGACGCCCUGUACGACGCGGUGCCGGCCAUUCGCACGAUGCGACACGUGUGCGCCUCCACUUCCACAACUGCACCAGCCCCCGCAACCACGCCGGCAAAAGCGGACGACAGCGCGGAGAAAGAAAGCGAGGGCAAGUCUCUUUUCGAAACCAACUUGGCACUGGCCAGGAGCCUCAUAUACGAGAUGAACCGAGGCGUCCUGAUGAAGGGCUUUACGGCCCACCAGGACCGGAGGCUCGUCAACGAGCUAGAGCAGGAGAACAAAAUCCUCGCCGGGCUGGGAGCAGAGGCCAAGUGGCCUCCCAGAUCAACUGACUACAUGAAGAUGGUCCUGGAAGAGCGCAUCGUAAUGCUCAAGAGCAUCCUAAACUACAUUGGAAUUUAUGAAAAAGCUCUGAAGGUGCAGUCCGAGGGAGAGGACCGCGAAGACCUUGAGGCGAUGCUGAAGAUGAUCCGCUACCAGCAGGGGAGCUAUCAGGAGCGCCACUUUGGCGAUAUUUUUAAAAGCUCUCUCUUCCGGAAGGCUCAAUAGUUACUUGUAAUCACGAGAGGCCGGCUGGACGCUGGAGCCACGUAAUUUAGCGAAGGACUUGGAGUUUAGAUCCUCACGAACACAACGGCUAUGAAAAGCCUUUAACUGCCAGGCAGCUACUUUUGGAUAAGAGAUAGGCCUCUGGGAUUCUAAAAUAGAUAUUUCCAUGGUUUUUA